UUUUCGAGAUGAUACAAGAAAUAAGAAAAGUUGCCAAACAGCAAAACGAUACGAAGACUCCAAAUUCGGACGAGGUAGAAGUCCGUCUGACAUCGCCUUCCGAGCAGGAUACAGACGACGGAAUUGAACAAGUUAUUGUACAUUCUGAAGAGAAUUUCGAUAAGUCCAGGUACCGUAAACACGCCGAUGAUCCCAGACGUAUCAUUCCAUUAAAACACGAACCGUAUUCAGACGAUAGCGUCAACGUCAGGACAAAGUUAAUAGAGUCUUACCAAUCGGAUUCCGAACUCAGCAUUGUAUCCACGUGCCCAACUACAUCCUCUUUAAGCUCAGUAUCCAUGGAUCAUCAUGGUUACAGUGUCAUCAUAAGUUUAAGUUUAAACGAUUUAACCAAGAUCCCGAAAGAUUGCAACGGUGCGCCAUUGAAGAGUAGCAAGCAAAGAGUUUGGUCUUUCGACGAUCUCACUUUCCUGAAAAGGGGUUUGGAUUCGGAAAACGAGCAGAAUGAGCAGAAGUCAUCCAACGAUUAUCUCGAAGAAUAUCCAAUAAGAAGAUACGACGAGUUAAGGUUAUACUCGAUGACCAAAGAGGAUAUCAUCAGAUUGUGGCAGACGUCGGAACGAACGUUGAUGAACCGAUUACAAGAAGCUUUAAGAGAAAAGAAAUCUUUGGAAGAGAAAUUGGCUUUUAUCCAAAAGACACUUAUCAAGUCGCCAUGAAGAUUGUAGCAAAUUUCUUUUUUUAGGAAAACAGUUUUAAGUAGCUAGGAGAAAUUUUUUCUAGGAAAUCAGUUCCUGAAUUUUUUUGCAUUAUAUAACAGAAAAUAACGGCAGAAAUACUGAAAAAAACGUUAAAUACUGCUUUUUCUAUUAGUUGUCUUCUUACAAUAUACAUAUCUCUAGCAUUUACUGCCAAGGAAUGAAAAUAAUAAAAAAACAAA